AUGGCUUCCAAUUCCACCACUCUCUCGUGCGAGCAGAUUGACAAUACAUUUCACUACUAUGCUCAGGGUUGUCGCGGGGCUUUUGAUUUCACUCUCUUGUUCGAGGAAACCAUUCUAGCAGCAUUGCCCGUGGGUCUCCUGGUGCUGUUGGCGCCGCCCCGGAUUUGGCAUCUCCUCAAGAGACCUAAGAAGGUCGUCGACAGUUUUUUGCUUCCUUUGAAAAUUACGGCCUAUGCUGGGCUUGGAGCCGCUCAGCUUGCUUUGGUAGCAUUAUGGACCUUACCGACCUCUGAAAGGACAAACGCCUCGAUUCCUGUGCAAGCUAUUUCCUUCGGCGCAACAGCUCUCUUUUGUCUACUAUCUUACUACGAGCAUACCCGCUCCGUCAGGCCCUCGUUCCUGCUCAAUGUGUACCUUUUUCUCACCUUACUUUUUGAUAUCGCAAGAUGUCGGACGCUGUGGUUACGCGACCCAAGCGCAUAUGGCCACACAAUCGCCGUUUUAUUUAGCAUUUCUGUUGGUUUAAAGACCGCUCUCGUCUUACUGGAAGCACUCGAGAAAACAUGGAUACUGCGCCCCAACUACAAGGACUACCCGCCAGAGGCGACUGCCAGCACAUACAAUCGCAGCUUUUUCUGGUGGCUGAAUUCUCUUUUUGUAAAGGGGUUCUCGUCUUUGCUCCGCUUAGAUCAGCUUUUUGUGGUUGACAAAGAUAUGCUCUCUGAGCGAGUUCAUGCCAAAAUGGAAGAGGCUUGGAGUAAAGUCACUAAGAAAUCGCCACACUCGCUAUUUUUACUGUCUUUUUCGGUCUUGAAGUGGCAUAUUUUAGCUGUCAUACCGCCACGGGCGUGUCUCAUUGCUCUGAAUUUUAGCCAGCCUCUACUCAUCAACCGCGCCGUGUAUCUGUCCGUUGACGAUGUCACCCCUUGGACCACCCAUGUUGGCUAUGGGCUCAUUGGCGCGUAUAUCAUUGUCUAUGUGGGAUCAGCGAUUGCCAUGGGUCAAUAUCAACAUAACGCCUACCGUACAAUUACAAUGGUCCGCGGCGGUCUUAUUUCCAUGCUUACUCGAAAAACAACAGAUCUGAGCGUGCGAGAUGUAGACCCUGCUUCUUCUUUGACUUUGAUGAGUGCAGAUAUUGAGCGAAUUGUUCAGGGUUGGCAAACGAUGCAUGAAAUGUGGGCAAAUUUAAUCGAAAUCGCGGUGGCAAUUGUCCUCCUGGAAGCACAGCUUGGAAUAUCAUGUUUGAUUCCAGUUGCUGUCGCUAUUGCUUCUCUGGUUGCUUCUAUCACUGUCUUGGGAAUCGUCAUUUCUCGACAGGCUCUGUGGCUCAAUGCAAUUGAACAACGAAUUUCAGCAACGACAGCGAUGCUUGGGUCUAUGAAGGGCAUCAAAAUGACAGGGUUGAAAAGCGUCUUGUUCAAAAGCAUUCAUGGGCUUCGGCUCAAUGAAUUGGAUAUCUCCAAAGGAUUCAGACGUCUUUUGAUCUGGAACAUGGCCUUGGCGUAUUUGUCUCAGAUAUUUGCCCCAAUCAUCACCUUUGCAGCGUUUGUAACGCUGGCGCACAACAGGGGUGACGACGUUGCGCUUAAUACGGCUCGAGUGUACACCGCACUGUCUAUUUUCGCGCUGAUGACCGACCCGAUCACCACCCUUGUGAUGUCCCUCUCUGCAUUUGCCGGUUCGAUUGGAUCAUUUACGAGAAUCCAAGAAUUUCUUGAGAAAGACACACUUAUUAACAAGCGUCUCAUCUCCUCCUCACCUCAGACUUCCUCGGAAGAACUCGUCAAAGGUGGUGGUGCAGUGCGGAAUCUAUCCGAAAAGUCGAGCAUGGUUAUGAGUGACUCUGAUACGCUGAGGAACAGUGCUACUGGAACGCCUCCUCGAUCUGAUACCCCUCCAACAGGAGACAUGAUCAUUGUUCACGAUGCCGAGUUUAGCUGGGAUCCAAACGGCGACCCGCUCCUCACAUCUAUCAAUAUGGCCAUCCCGGAAAGCAAAAUCAGCAUGGUUGUCGGCCCAGUAGGCUGUGGUAAAUCUACCUUGCUCAAAGCCAUACUCGGCGAGGUUCCUUCUACGCGCGGUUCAAUAUACAUUGCAACCGAACAGAUUGCUUAUUGUGAUCAAACCGCAUGGCACAUGAACGAUACGAUCAAAAAUAGUAUCCUCGCUUCUAGCCCCUUGGAUGAACAAUGGUAUGAUACUGUUCUACAAGCAUGUGCGUUGUAUGAAGAUCUACGACAAUUACCUCGAGGCGACCAGACCAUGAUCGGCAGCAAAGGUGUUGCUCUUAGCACAGGUCAAGGCCAGCGAAUAGCAUUAGCUAGAGCGGUUUAUGCAAAGAAAAAGCUUGUCCUUCUAGACGACUCGUUCAGUGGCCUUGACACGUCUACUGAGAACCACAUAUUUCACAGCUUGAUGGGCAAGUCAGGCAUUUGGAGAGAGAUGCGGGUGACUGUUUUGAUCACCUCUUCGUCCGCCAAACGUCUUCCAUACACUGAUCAGGUUUUCGUUAUGAAUGAAAAGGGUGCGAUCACGGAGCAAGGCCAUUUUGAAUCUCUGGCCUCAACUGGAGGUUACGUAUCCAGCUUUAACUUACCCCAUCCAGAUUGGAACCAUAUUCCAGAUGACCGUGUUUAUCAAAAGUCUGGCUUGUCAGCAUCUGGCCCCACGGAUGAACUGGUCUUCCAGACGGAUGACGAUCUCGAGGCCGAAGCCAACAGAGCAACUGGAGAUUUUACCAUUUAUAGAUAUUACUUUUCGUCUGUUGGGUGGAUUUCAAUCUUGAUAUUUGCCAUUUGUAUAUCAGCCUUUGUGUUUUGUAUUUCUUUUCCAAGUAUCUGGGUCAAGUGGUGGGCAGCUUCGAAUGUACAGCACCCUUAUGAGAAAUCGGGAUACUACAUGGGCAUGUAUGUGAUGCUGGGCGCUGUUGCCCUCAUCACUCUAUGCAUCAGCUGUUGGCAACUCAUUAUUACUAUGGUUCCCAAGACUGGGGAAAAGUUUCAUUUCACACUCCUCAACACUGUUCUAAGCGCGCCAACGUCAUUCUUUGCUUCUACUGAUACUGGAGUGACACUUAACCGGUUCAGCCAAGACUUGCAGUUGAUUGAUAUGGAAUUGCCAGUAGCCGCGCUCAAUGCAUUUGCUACCUUUAUGCUAUGUAUUGCACAGACAACGCUGAUCGGAGUCGCUUCGCCAUACACGGCAAUUUCAUUUCCUAUUGUGAUUAUUGCGCUAUAUUUCAUUCAAAAAUUUUAUCUUCGCACCUCCCGCCAGCUCCGUUAUAUGGACCUCGAGGCCAAAGCCCCUCUUUAUUCUCAAUUUACUGAAUGCCUAAGCGGUCUGGUCACGAUACGCGCAUUCGGCUGGGAAAAGGCCAUGGAGCAGAAAAGCCGGGUCCUUCUUGAACGCUCCCAGCGACCAUUUUAUCUCCUCUUUGCUGUACAACGAUGGCUAACGCUUGUGCUCGACCUGGUGGUUGCGGGCAUUGCAACAAUACUCAUUAUUCUCGUGGUUGAGCUGCGCGGAUCAAUCAGCGCUGGCUACGUGGGAGUCGCGCUCUUCAACAUUAUCCAAUUCAGCCAGAGCAUCAAAAUGCUCAUCACAUUUUGGACGACGUUGGAAACACACAUUGGGUCAAUUGCGCGCGUCAAGAUUUUUAACGAAACGGUAAAGUCAGAAGAUGGGCCUGACGAGACGAGGCCGGUACCACCAGCAUGGCCGAGCCAGGGAGCGAUUGAGUUUGAGUCGGUUUCUGCGGGAUACAGACCUGAUGAGCCGAUCCUCAGAGACAUUAGCAUUUCAAUCCGCUGCGGAGAGAAGAUUGGUAUAUGUGGACGUACUGGGAGUGGCAAGAGUUCCUUGGUCCUCGCUAUUUUCCGAAUGAUCGAACUCUCUAGUGGGAGCAUCAGUAUCGAUGGUAUUGAUUUGAGCACUAUUCCCCGAGAAGAAAUCCGAUCUCGCAUCACGGGUGUCGCCCAAGACCCGUUUCUGAUCAAGGGCACUGUCAGACUAAAUGCAGACCCGAAUGGCACAGCGACAGAUGACGACAUUCGAAAUGCGCUGCGAAGUGUUCAGCUUCUCCCUACGGUGGAGGAAAAGGGUGGGAUAGACGCUGAUAUAGAGGAUAUUCACCUGUCGCAAGGGCAGAAGCAGCUAUUCUGCCUCGCGCGAGCGAUGCUGCGACAUAGCAGUAUUCUCAUUUUGGAUGAAGCUACUAGCAACGUCGACGGCAAAACAGACGAGAUCAUGCAACGCGUAAUCCGCGAAAAAUUCAGCAACCACACAAUCAUAGCAGUCGCACACAAGCUCGACACAAUCCUAGACUUUGACAAAGUCGCCAUGCUAGACGGCGGCCAACUGAUUGAAUUCGAAGACCCUUACACACUACUCUCCACAGACUCGGCGUUCAACCGGCUGUAUACGUAUUCCAUGGCCGAGGAAGACGAAAAGGACGGGCAGAUGGAUGUCGAAGUUCAAGACUCGCGGGUGCUAGUUGGUGGUGUGUCACAGAGAGGGUCGCGAAGAGCGUCGACGGAAAUGAGUUCGGGAGAGUAG